CUAACACGGUGCUUACUAUAUGCUCAGCUCUGAUCUAAACUCGUUACACAUACUCAUCUAAUCUUUCCGACAACCCAGAAUACUUCAUCAUAAGGAAAAUGAAGCACUCCUCAAAGGUGUCAGUUAGUGGUGUUCCAAAGUCAGAUAAUCCACGCUCAGGAAAAGACUACAAAAUGCAUUUGUCAAAUAUUGGAAAGAGAAAAGCAGUACAACAAGCUAUUUCAGCUCGAAGGAUACAGAGAGCUUGGUUAUCUCAUGUGAACAAAAGAAUAUUUAAACUCCUAAAGCACACAGUUUGUGCAGCGGAAUAUUGUGUGACACGUGAAAUACUGAAGAAAGUGAGCCCCUUAGAAGCUGAGCUUGUGAAAGAUCCUAGCAUGAAGUAUAAAGUUAGAUUCAGAUUCAGUGGUGAAACAUUUCCACCUUUCAUCGUAUUUAAAAUUUUUCUGCAUACUGAAGGCCAUGGUAACAAGUAUUUCAAUGGAAAAAAUUUUUUAAAGCCAUCAAGUGAGGCAGUGGCUGAUGCUUGCAAAAUUAUGGGGAAAAAGAAGUUUUACCAUCAGGUUAUGGAAGAUGAAUGUCUUUUCCAGAAGUUCAAAAUAACUGAUAAAAUAGAUAUUGUCACCCUGAAAGACUACAUGCAAUAUUCCAGUCUUCUGGACGAGACCCCUGCAUCUUCUGGUGGUAGAAAUAACUACUGGCGAAAAUUAGACCUCAAAAACAUCCCCAGGACAAUGAUAAUAUAUGACAUAGUUGAUUAUGCAGAGUCUGGAAUAAUAUCAAACCGUCUACAAAAAGAAAUGAAGUAUCUAUUACAGAGACCACAAACAGAAGAGAUGCGUCAGCGUCAGCUACGGAUUGUUUCUGAAGUUAGAUGCCCUUCAUCCGUUUCAGCUAUCAAACCUUUAUAUCGGCCCUACCAACAGCAGAAUCAAAUUAAACAUCUGGGUCGUCAAUCCAAGCAAGCUCUAAUGAAUGUGGAAAAAAUGAAAAAAGCUUAUAAGAUGGCUAAAGAAAAAAAUGCUUCCGUGGGGACUGAACCACAAACGGACAAACCAGGCACAAAGCAACAACAGUCAAUCAUCUUCUCUACCCCAUCUUUUGACAUUGUGAAAGUUGAUGAGCUUGUGUCAGAUGAGGAAUUGAGAAAAGAAGAAAAGGAAUUAUUUGCCUGGUAUCAAGACUUGUAUAUUAAUAGUUCUCCAUCAUGUUAAUAUACAGCUAACUGAUAGAAAACCAAAUUAUUUAACAGUCUGUCUUGCUAAUAUGCGUAUUAAAGG